AUGCCACUAUACUUGUACCGCUACUCAUCUCUUAAGUGGAAUAUUAAAGAUGAUAAUGGAAACUAUGUGAUCCCAUAUAAAAUUACGGGACAAUACGAAGCAUUGGAGCUCCAGAUAAUCGAAGAAGCGAUGGAACGCAUUGAAAAUAACAUAUGUAUUCGUUUUAAAAAAAGAACAAAUGAGAGAGAUUACGUCGAAAUUCGAAAUGAGAUUGGCGGUGGAUGCCGCGCAUACAUUGGACGCCCUGGUGGCAAAAGCAUUCUGAUGCUUGAAGCAAGCGAAGAGGGAACGUAA